AUGACUGCACAUAACCUGUCCUCGGGCCAUGAUCUUCCUGUCAAUGGUAUUCCGGCCGAUACCUACGUUGACACCCCCGCGACUGACGCGUUCAACGAGUACGUCCAUUCGAGCAACCUCCCUGGGAGCUACGAAUCCAUGAUGAAUGGCAUCAAUGGUGUCAACAUGGAGUCGCCGUUCGUCGAUCCCGUCCUGGCUACCAUGCACAUGGCUGGCACUCAGUUUCCUAUGGCUCCCCCUCCUUUGCCCCAGCAGUUCGCUCAGGGUCAGAACGUGUUGAACUCUGUUGAACCGUUUGUGAGCCACCAACAAGCUUAUCCUGGGCUUUCCCAGGACCAGUCCCAGACCAACGGCGACACUGAGAGCAACGCGGCUACUGCUGACGAAGCCAGCUCUGCUCGGGGCCCUCUCACUCCCGUUGAUGACUCCGCUACCAACGACAGCGCGUCUCAGGGUAGCGAAGACUCCCAGUCCAACUACGAGGCCAUGGCACAGCUUGCUGCUGGAGGCUCUCGCCGUGCCGAGGACAGAGAGUCUCGUGGUGGUGAGCAAGCUGCCACCCAGCGCGAGCGCAGAACCAUCUCCUGGACCCCUGAGACCCGUUUCGAGCUGCUGCUCCAAGUUGCCUACGAGCGUCGCCACGAGAGUGUAUCCGAAGGGGCAUGGCACCGCAUCGCUGAUGGCUCUCGUGGCGGAUUGUGGAAGGGCGCGUCGUGGAACGGUGUGCGUCUCGAAUUCUCUCGCCUCAUGUCCGAGCGAUUCGGUGACUAUGCUUCCGCCGAUAACGCCCGCGCCCGCCGUGCUCAACUUGACGCCGUUGCCCUCGCCCAGCGUGAUGGCCAGCCGACCACCGUGAUCCCAGAACUCAUUCACCCUCUCCUGACUGACGCGGACUUUGAGCCGGCCCCGCGCCGCCGCCGUGCAGCUGCCGAGCCUGCUGAGGGUGAUGACCAGAGUACUGAGAAUCGCGGCCGUGGGCGUGCUCGCACUUCGUCUGCCCCGAGGACUACUCGUGGUCGUGGCCGUGGCCGUGCCGCCCGUAACCCGCGCACUCCACGUACCCAACGCACCCGCCGGGCUAACCGCACCACCCCCAACGGCGAUACUGAUGCAGAGAAUACUGAGAUGAUCGAUGCUGAGACUAGCAACGCUGAGUCUGGAAACGCUGAGAGCCCUGCCGCUACCGCUGAGGCUGCUUGA